GGGGGGGUGUGACCGCAGACGUCACGAUUUGGGCUUUAUCUCCCCUCGCCACAGGGCAUCCGCGGCCUGGGGAUCACUCACCAGCAAGGCAGUCCAAAGCCGCAGAAGUUCCUGGAGAGCAUGGCCUAGGGCUGGCGGCAGGACUGUGGAGGCUGAGCUUCCUUGGAGACACCUGCACCCCCUUCCGCAGGGGAAGGCAGACUCCAUAUGAUCUGAGCCAUUAGACAAGGCCAAAUGAGAGGCCCUGCACUUAAUUUAGCUGCUUUUCCAGAGGAGACAGCGGUGGCUGGAGCCCUGAGGGACCCAGGGUGUGCUCAGCCAGCCAAGAUGUUUCCCACCAGGCUUGCAAGGCUGCUGCUUGCUGUGGCCCUCACUUUGCCAGGGGCCCUUUGUGGAGAAGGGGCUCUUGGCAAGUCAUCGAUGGCCCGGUGCAGCCUCUUCGGAACUGACUUCAUCAAUACCUUUGAUGAGAGCAUGUACAGCUUUGCAGGAGACUGCAGUUAUCUCCUGGCAGGGGACUGCAAGACACACGCCUUCUCAAUCGUAGGGGACUUCCAAGAUGGUAGAAGAGUGGGUCUCUCUGUGUACCUAGGGGAAUUUUUCGACAUCCAUGUGUUUGUCAACGGUACCGUGCUUCAGGGGGGCCAGCAUGUCUCCAUGCCCUAUGCCACCAGAGGGCUGUACCUGGAAACCGAGGCUGGGUACCACAAGCUGUCCAGCGAGGCUUAUGGCUUUGUGGCCAGGAUCGACGGCAGCGGGAACUUCCAAAUCCUGCUGUCGGAAAGACACUUCAACAAGACCUGUGGGCUGUGCGGUGACUUUAACGUCUUCGCCGAAGAUGACUUCAGGACUCAAGAAG